AUGGACAACGAUACUAAGAUUAAUCCUGCACAAGAAAGCUGGAAAGAUCUGCCGGGAAUGGAAAGUGUCCCACAGAUGCCCAGAAAAACAUCCAUGGAUCUCUACACACGGCUUCUCUUGGACAACGAAGCCUCUUGGAUUGCUAUGGCGAAUUUAUUCAGAGAGUGCAACAUGGAAAAGAAUAUUUGUUUUGCAUACGAAAAAGCGCUGGCCAACAACCCUCUCUCAAGAGACGCGCUCGCAAUGCUGGGGCCCAUCUACAUAAGAAGAAGAGAGUUCAUGAAAGCGCUGGACGUGUUUCUCCGUUUGUACAAACUGUCGCAUGGAGAAGAUAUACAAAUAGCCAUUAACAUCGCAUACUGCUAUCUCAUGCUCGACCGUUUUUUGGAGAGUUUGGCGUGGUACAAAAUGGUAUCUAAAAACGCCUCCCAAAUCAAAGAGAGGAAAGGAUUUUUGUGGUACGGCGUUGGCGUGUUCUACGAAAGAAUAAAUAAUUUGCAAAUCGCAGAAGAAGCGUACGCGGCUUCCAUUAAAAUAGACCACACAUCUGAGUACAUACCAGAGGUUUAUUUUAGGCUUGGAGUAACGUACAAGAAAAAGGGCGCACUAACCGCUGCCAUGGACUGCUUUGAGUAUCUUCUUCACAACAUUUCAUCAAAAAGCCACAACCCCACAAAGGACGACGUUCUGGUGCAGAUAGCACACGCCAACGAGCUGCACUCCAGAGAGUCAGAGGCCAUUGACAUCCUCAAGGGCGUAACACAGCUGAAUCCUCGGCACGAGAAAGCAUCGAUGCUUCUUGCGUGGCUGUACUACAAGGAGCGCAACUGGCUGAGCGCCAGGGAUGUUCUGAAGUCGCACCGCCCUGAAGCUCUUUCUGCUUUUUCCUGGUAUCUCUUGGCUCGAACAGAACAAAAGCUGGAGAACUACGAAGACGCGUACCGGUGCUACCACUAUGCGCUAAAGCAGGACAGCCAAAACCACAUAUACUGGAACAGUCUGGGAGUGCUCUACUUCAAUCUUUCGCAGUUUGAAGAUGCAAUGCGGUCUUUCAAGGAAGCAAGAAAACACAACCCAGGAUACAUAGAAGCAGUGUACAAUCUAGGCGUGGUGUACGAGCAGUUUGAAAGCGCUUUGGGAAGUGCUCUGGAAAUAUACGAAGAAGCAAUAUCCAUAUUCCCGGAAGACAGGCUGGUGCUGGAGAGAAUAGAAGAGCUGGAAGAGAGGAACUCUGGAAAUAUCUCAGAGGAGAAAUAUUGUGCGCCCGAGCUGCCCCUUCGUGACGUUCUCCCCAAUCCAGGGAAAACGCCGUAUUUUCUGGCGCACGCUCUUUUAGGAUACAGGCCAACUGGAUUUAUUUUUUCAGCUGCUGAAAAAGAGGAAAUUGAGAAUCUCGCUGACGUUCUCCACUCGGAGUCAGACUACACCCAAGAAACAGACGAAAAAGAAUAA